GUCGACUUUGGGGGGGCUGUGUACUCCUCAGAAGCCUCGUUCCUCACGCCAUGUGGUGAGCAGCAGCAGCAGCAGCAGCAUCAACAGUCAUUCCUACCUAUUUCCGCUACCUAGUCGCUAUGGCCUGGACUUCUUCCAUCAGAUAUCUCCGAGCGGCGGUGAUAUGCCUCCUCAUCACAUUAUCACUCCUAGCAACCCUCUAUCUGGUUCAUCAGCUCGUUCUUCCAGUGAUUGCCUUCCUCAUCCCGAGCCUGGAUCCGACUUUUUUCGACAUUGGAGUUUUUGGUGCUUUUCCCCUGGAACAGUACAAUUCCUUUCACCUGGGAGGACCGCGGGCGAGACAACUACGAUGGCACCCCAGUUGUGAGGCAGGAUUGGUUCUUCUGACCCCGAAUGGACCUUCCGUGCCUCGAUCGGGCCCCAUGAUACUCGAUUCGAAUGGGAAGCUGGUCUGGAUGUCCGACGAUUUCGGUGCGGCGGCGAAUCUCAAGGUCCAGAGUUACAAGGGUCAAGACUUUCUCACUCUGUGGUCGGGUGAGAAAGCUGCAACUUCUGGCAAAGGCGUGUACUUUCUGCUCGAUCAGUCGUAUCAGGUCGUGAAAAUGGUCACUGCUGUUGGAGACGGUCUGCAUGGCGAUUUGCAUGAGUUCAAGAUCACCAACAACGACACUGCACUCUUGACCGUCUACGACACCACCAAUGCUAAUCUGACUCGAAUGGGCAUGGGGAGAGGCGAGCAUGGCUGGGUUGUCAACAAUAUGUUUCAAGAAGUCGACAUUGAAACCGGCGAGCUGCUGUUCCAAUGGAGCGCACUGGAUCACUUUGAACCGGCAGACACCUACAUGACCAACCCUUUCGGUGGCUACCGUGAGAGCAUUCCCUUCGACUUCUACCAUUUGAACAGUGUAGACAAGGAUUCGAAAGGCAACUACAUCAUCUCCUCACGACAUUUCCACCAUGUUAUGUGCAUCAGUCCCACCGGCGAAACACUCUGGAUUCUUGGCGGUCGUGAAAACCAGUUCGAAGAUCUCUCCGAUGGACAAGCGACCAACUUCAAGUGGCAACACGACGCUCGCUGGAUCUCCGAAGAGGAAGGUAUCUUGUCAUUGUUCGAUAAUAGCAAAGCUGGUCCCAUGCAUCGCGAUGCGCCUGAAAGUCGAGUUCUCAUGAUACAGCUUGAUCUGGAGAAGAAGACUGCGAAGCUGGUGCACGCCAUGACCUCCUUGCAAGGCAUUCUCGCGUCGUCGCAGGGCUCGGCCCAGCAGCUCCCGGGUACCAAGAACAUGUUCGUGGGAUGGGGCUCUGCCGCAGCCUAUUCCGAGUACUCGCCUGAUGGAGAAUUGUUAUGCGAAACCCACCUGGGUGCUUCGUGGUACUACUAUUUCGAGCGCAUGAAGUCUUAUCGAUCGACCAAAACUUUUGUCUGGCAUGGCAGGCCCCAGGACCCGCCUCAGAUUGCGAUGAAUGGCAAUGCACUUUCUGUGAGCUGGAACGGCGCCACGGACGUGGCAUUCUGGUCCUUGGAGGGAACUGCCGACUUGGAUGUAGAUGGUGUCGAGGAGCUGCGCAGCAAGAGCGAGGAUUCUGCUGUGCCGCACGAACAGCCCUUCUGGACGGCCCUCGAUGUCAUCCCCAAGACGGGUUUCGAAGAUACAUUUGACCUUUCCCAGCUCUCGCUGAAUAAGUUUUUUACGCGUUUUCGAGUGGCUGCAUUGGACAGUGACCACAACGUACUCCGCGUCUCCGAGUCCGUGACAGCAGUCGUCACGAAAACCUCGUAUCUCAUGACAAGCUUCAAAUUAUCCAUGAUUAUUGGCUUCCUCAUUGGCGUGCGUUUCGUGUUCAAGCACUUCCGAUCUCAUGGGCACUUUCGCUAUUGGAAUGCGCCGAGUACACCAGCUUGGAUGAGCUGGCAAGGCCCCUCGGGACGAGAACGGAGCCAUAGUCCUGCUGUCUAUGAAUGGAUCCAGAUGAAGUGGGCAGCUGCUCAGUCGAGACCUGGUUGAGAUGAGCUACUGGAGCACUUAGCAACCUGACUUUGAACCAAAAGACUCAUACCAAGCAAUUCGCAAGACUGGAUAUUCAAUCAUGCGUAUUGGCAGUAUCUAAUACUGUUGGUAGCAGAGCUGAUUUGCUCUAUCAGAAAGGGAUGCCAUUCAGGCCGAUCUGCAAGAAGCCGAUCUCCAAACUCCUGUUACAGCAGUACACUGAGUGCGGGUCCAACGAAGUACAAUGCUGCUCGCGCGACACACGAAGCAAUGCGAGCUCACCAUGAGUUGCCCCGCACAGGACUGGCGGAGCUCUGCCACAUACACCCGUCAUCUCCGCCGCAACCAGUCCUAUCGUGUAGUAGCGCAGACGUCUUCUUUCGUCUUCUCCAUGCUGUCGGGCACUUCUCGAACCCCAUUGAAAAGUCCUCAUCGUACAGAGGAGGGGAGUACCGAACAACGGGGGCGCGGUUAUAUCAUACGACCAUGGGAGUACGGAGCUCCCCGUACCACGCGUACCGAAGUACGGAAACUCGACAGCAAUGAGACAGCAGUCUUCGCCAGGUCUUUUCACAGCAAGACCAGAGACUUUCGUACCUUCUAACUGCCAGAGUUGACCUCGACUUUUUUUUUCAAUCCUGUUGCCACUUGGCUACCUAUGUGGUAGAUUAGCGAUUCCACAUCUUCGACCUCUCAUCGGUCAUGAAGCUAGCCAGCCAGCCGGCCGGCCAGUAUCAUAUCAUACCUGAUCAUAUCUUUUAUCAUAUGUCAUUGUAAUCAUCACGAUUUCAAAAUU